AUGCGGAGACCAGGUCGACCGCGACCAGCCCCUGGAGGCUUCCUGAUAGCCCUGGCCACCGCCAGGAAGAGCUUCACCAGGGCCUUCUGCUUCGGUGGCGGUAGUAGCAGCAGCGUUGGGAAGCGGCUGUUUCGGAGCACUGCGGCGGAAUCGUCUGCGAAAGCUGGCACCGGUCCCCGCGGUCUUGCAACCGCAACGCCGCCAGAGUCGCCCUUCCCGCCCGCCGGAGAUGACGGCGAGCUCGAGUCGUUCUUCUUGUUACGGCAUGGGCAGACCAAUUUCAACGCCAUAGGGCGUAUCCAGGGAACGUUAGAUUCGUCAAUUCUGACGGAGGAAGGCAUCUCGCAAGCGUUGGAGGCUGGCAAGACGCUUGCCUCAUACGCCGACCUGGACCUGGGUCCCACGGUGGUAGUUUCUCCGAUGGGUCGGGCUCAGCAGACGCUGGAGUGCGUGCGGCAGGAGCUUAGGAAGAGCGAGAUUAGCAAGGACUUCGAGACCGUGGAAAUCGUGCCAGACAUUCGGGAAAUCGAGCUCUUCGAGUGGCAGGGACAGCUUAAGGAAGACAUAAUCAAGAAUAAUCCAGAGCAGUACGCCUCGUGGGUGGCAGACCCGUCCAAUUUUAACUUUUCCGGAAGAUACCCCGCGAGAGACCUGUGGAAAAGGGCCAGCAACGCCUGGGACCAGAUCCGCUCUCUCCAGUCCAUCCAGGACCAGCCGCGGACCCUCGUCGUGGCCCACAACGCCAUCAACCAGGCGCUCCUGUGGACCGCCCUCGGCUGCGACACGACCUACUUCCGAAAGCUGUCGUGGCCGAACUGCGCGGUUCUGGAGCUGCAGUGGCGGCGCGGGGAGGCGAGGGCGGAGCGGUACCGGUGGGUCGUGCCCGAGGCGUCGGGCUUCGUGGAGGCGGCGGACGCGGCGCGGCUUCUCAAGGACGGCGAAGACGACAACAGAUACACCCUCUGAGGUUGGAUCUAAUCACCGCCGGCGGCGACGGUUCCGCUGGGGGGGGGGGGGUCGCG